AUGAGCAAUGUGGUCAAAGAGAAUUUUAUAAUUGAAAAAUUCAACAUUCAAAUAGCUAUUCAGGAAGCAUAUAAAACUGAUUAUAUUGGUAAAAAUACUUGUGAUAAUGGAACUGACUUUGAUAUAUUAUUUAUACAUCGUAGUACUAAUGCAUAUAUCGGUAGUGAAGAAACGGCAAAUAUUUGUUUGAUUCAUCGACUUUAA